AUGUUGGGAGGGAAGUGGCACCUAAAAGGAAGGAAACAGUCGAAUGAUGUGAGUGCAAGUAGGAAAACGUGGCUCCCUGCUGAUGUUGGUGAUGUGGAUGCUUUUCCUAGUCUUUUUUUUGUGUUCUCGUUCUUUGUCUCUUGGAGCCAACAAUCACUCGAAACGAUAAAAAAAACAGGAUCCAAAAAAAAAGGGCGUGGCGAGAGUCACUCGAUUCAGGCGAUUUCGAAAGAGGUUCGCAAAGUAAGACGCUUUGGUGCUCAAAUGAAGUUUCUCCGGAUGGCAAUAAUGACGAGGUGUGUUUUUUUUUUUUUGUUUUUUUGCUCCAUUGUGGGACCAACGUCUUCCCGGAAAUGGCGGGGCGUGCGGGCACCGCUCCCGCGCCCUCGGAAGUCAGACACGGACCAAUCAUGGCGCGCGCUGCGCCACCGGCACGUGCCAGGAUGUGCCGCAGUGCUGCGGCUUUGUAGCGUAAAUCUCAGCCCGCGCCCUCGCGGCUGGUUUGCGCCGCUUUGGGAUCCCCUACGUCGGAGGUGGUUUGGGCCCGCCCUAACCCUUUUGGGCCUGCAGCGAGCUGGGCACAAAACGCCACGGCAGUUUUAG